ACUGGAGGAGCUGGGUGUGUUGCGGGGCAAAGUGGGUAGAAGCAAGAUCCUAUCGGGCACCAGCCCCGCCCAGCUACCCCAGGGCACCAGGCUGGCUCACGCUAUUCGCCUACUCCUGGAGUACACAGACUCAAGCUAUGAGGAGAAGAGAUACACCAUGGGCGACGCUCCCGACUAUGACAGAAGCCAGUGGCUGAGUGAGAAAUUCAAGCUGGGCCUGGACUUUCCCAAUCUGCCCUACUUAAUUGAUGGGUCACACCGGAUCACUCAGAGCAACGCCAUCCUGCGCUACCUUGCUCGCAAGCACAACCUGUGUGGGGAGACAGAGGAGGAGAGGAUCCGUGUGGACAUUUUGGAGAACCAGGCUAUGGAUGUUUCCAAUCAGCUGGCCAGAGUCUGUUACAGCCCAGACUUUGAGAAACUGAAGGCAGAGUACCUGGAGCAGCUCCCUGGAAUGAUGAAGCUCUUCUCACAGUUCCUGGGAAAGCAGACAUGGUUUGUUGGUGAAAAGAUUACUUUUGUAGAUUUUCUUGCUUAUGAUAUCCUGGACCUGCAUCUUAUAUUUGAACCCAAGUGCCUGGAUGCGUGCCCAAACCUGAAGGACUUCGUGGCCCGCUUUGAGGGCCUGAAGAAGAUCUCUGCCUACAUGAAGACCAGCCGCUUCCUGAGAACACCUCUGUAUACAAGGGUGGCCACAUGGGGCAAUAAGUAGGGCCUUGACAGGGCAGGAGGGGCAGUGAGGAACCUGGGAUCCAGGAAUAGUUGAACUUCCGACAGCCCUGGUACUCUUUCUUUCCGCCCCCUUUCUCCCCCCAGAGCGUCAUGUGUCCUCUUUUCUUUCACCCAAUCCCUGCCCUUUCAUGCCCUUUAAAGCCCAGGCUCCUCGUUUUCCUUCAGCAAAGUGCCUUUCUAGCAUGACUGUGCCCUGCCCCCACUUGACAGUCUUGCCCGCUGGUUGCUGUGCUGUUGUGAAGAAUUGGGACUCUGCCUCAGAGCUCAGCCCGGGGCUCCCCAGUCUUGCUAGGAGACUAGAGAUGGCUGCUGUAUGACGCCCCUGCCCAACUCUGUUGGGUCCCUGCUGUAAAGAAGGCCUGGCCAUACUGGCUCUGGCUGCUGCACUGCCAGCUUUCACUGCUGCCUCCAUGGACUACCCAGCAUGACCCUGGCAGAGGCUGAGUUCUCAGGGAUUCUGCUUGAUAGGCAGGGGUUAGGACAUCUUGGCCCCAACUGAUAGCCUCACAGCAGGCAGUCGCAGGAGGCUCUGUGCAGUUCAAAUGGAGCUUGGAUCUCCUUUAAGCUAGCAUUACUUAGGUUUGUCAUGCAGUCUUAGAGGUGAGGAUCCAAGCUGGUGGGAGUCCCCAGCAGCAAGCCAAGAUCCUCUCUGCCUCACAGUGGUAUGGCUGUGUUAUAUCUAUGUGUCUCCAGGAUCUGUCUAUUGGGUCUCUGAUGCCUUCAGAGUAUCCUGUCUUAGUCACAGAAGUUAGGGACUGUCUUGGUUAAUCCCUUCCCUCUGUGAGCCCCUGUGUUUUUGUGAUUUCAGAUGUCUUUCCUACCAUUUAUAUCAGCAAUACUUUGGAUAGGUAUAGAAUUGUAGAGUGAACUUUUGGUUUCAGGUGGCCGCUCUUCUUUCAGAAAUGCAGCGUUUCUGGUAAUAUGGGAUUCUUUUGUACAUGUUCGACUUUGACGAUUCAGAUGGCCACCUUAGUCUUGAUAUCUCCAAGUCAAAGCUUUUGUAGGGAUCUGUACCUCGACCUGAGGUACUUUCUGAGCUUCUCCCACUCAGACUUAAAAUAAGGUUGUUUUGGGCUGACAGUGCUGCCUUCAAGAGCCAAAGGCUAUUGAACAAAAACCACACCAGUCAUGACCAACCUCUUGAGUUGUUGGUCAGGGUUUUCCAGGAGACUUCCAGAAAUUACAGGCUAUUUCUAUUGGCAUUGGUUUCCCGUAUGUACUUCAGACACAGGGCCCAGAAACCCCUAAGCCAGAUCUGACCUGAAACCUUCAUCCCUGAGGACUAACUUUCAUGGUGCCAGAAGGUACUAUGUAAGCUUCCGAAGGAGGGAGGCAAUCAGUAAUCCUUCUCAGCUAUGAUGCCUGUAAACCACAGCAAUGACCAGGAUGCCACGCCAACCCUUAGGGUGCAGUAAUGGCACACAUAUUUUGAUGGUAACCAACAGCUCUUUAAUUAGACUUAAGGCCUGAUCAACAAGAGGGAAAUCAUGCCUGGUAUAGGAAACCUAGUCAACUGCCCAGGGGUAGUGAAGUCAUGGAUCUUAGAGGUGAACAUACAGCCGCUACAUUGUUAAACCAUCAUAAUCCUUAAAUACACUCUAAAUACUUAGCCUCACUCCUCAUCAAGAAACUUCUCUUUGCAAUAGAUGGAGAACAUUGCAGAAAACUAUAACCAAUCCAAAUAUAUAGCUGUGGAGCCUAGUUCCAACUGAUGCUAUCUCUAGCUCAAGCCCUGCACCUAAGGCUUGGUAUUAUUACAGAAGAGUGGGUGGAAAGAUCAGAGCCAGAAUAACAGGGUGUUUGCUAUGAGAUUGUGUCUUCUAGGAAUGUCAGAAGUCUCACCAGCAUGGCUGCCUAAACAUGAACUGAACAAGAACAACACCAGCAGACAUAUUAACGUAGGCAGUGGGAAAGCUCAUGAGGCCUUGACUCCAGACAAAGAACUACAGGCAACGAAGGAGUGUUCAGAGUGGGGGAAAUAGUCUUCUCCAAGAAAGAGAAGAAAGAGCACUGAUUAUGCAAUACCAAAUGGUCAGCCCUGAAAAUAUACAUAUAGACUGAGGAGGUUGUAUUUAUGUAUUUAGAAUGUGUGUAUAUAUAUAUAUAUAUAUAUAUAUAUAUAUAUAUAUAUAUAUAUAUUUAUUUAUUUAUUUAUUUAUUUAUUGAACAAUUAAAGAAAAAGGAAAGGCAUAUGGAACACUCUGGAGGGAGAAAAGGGAAGGGGGAAAUUAUUAUGCAAUUAUAAUCUGAAAAAAGAGAAAUAAUUAAAGAAUUAAAAUGAAGCUAAUGUCAACAUAAAAAUGUUAGUCUUAUCUUUUGAAAGACAACAGCAUUCUGACCCUCCUAACAAGAGUGGGCCAUAGGCAGGUCCAUGUCCAGUUCUGGUGGAUAUUUCAGUAUUCCAAAGUAGUUGUCCCAUCAGCAGAGUACAAAGUGAUGGUAUUGCUAAUCAGCAAAGACUUUGUUCAAGAACUAUAGUCAGAAAUAGAUCAUCAAAACUUACUUAAGACUUAUAUGGCAUUUCCCUGAAGUGAACAGCCAGUUUAUCAUGACUCAUGAUAAACACCAUUAGUUAGCAGAACAGUGCAUGAUUCAGCGUAUUCCCUGCAGAAUGGCUCAUAUCCAAUGAGUGACAAUAGUUGCUAAAUUUGUGCAAUAAUUGGAACUUGUGCCAGAUUCAUUACUCCCCAGUUCUUCAUCUGUACGAUGCCCUCUUGAAGUGAUUUAAAAUCACACCUAGAAUGAGCCUCAGAAGAUGGCAAGCUUUCUUUUUUCUUUUUUUUUUUUUUAAGUGUGAGCAAGAUAUUUUUAAAUUUUGUGUACAUUAGUGUGAAGGUGUCAAAUUCCUUGGAAUUGGCAUUACAGACAGUUGUGAGCUGCUAUGUGGGUGCUGGGAAUUGAACCCUGGUCCAGACUGGAAGAGCAGCCAGUGCCCUUGACCACUGAGCCAUCUCUUCAGCCCCAAGGGCAAGGUUUCUAACAGCACUGUGAACCCUCCCAGGGUACCAAAAUGAGUAGUUUAGUUUGCAGGCAAGUGUUUUACUCACUCCAGACUCUCAUCUGAUUUUUAUGGGUGCCUACCUCUUUGUGAAGCUGAGUGAUACAGUCUCAGUACAGUCUGUCUGGCCAUCUUCAUGAUGUCAGAGGUGUGGAUUUCAUUGACUGAAAAACUUCUAUCCUGCAUCGUGAUCCUCUCGUUCCCUCUGGCUUUAUUCAUUUUGUUUGGAUAAACUACCGAGUAGAUACUUGAAGGCAAAACCAAUUCACUACUUUAUAAGCGAUUAUCUUGUUCUCUUCAUGUAGAAUAAUUUAAUUUUUGGUGGCAACAGUAAAUCGAGUGCACCUCUUUCUCAACUACAUGGGCACCUGAUGGCCAACGACGUCAUCCGGUUAUCUUUUUUUGUAGACUACUCUGGUCUGGAACUCAAAGAUCCACCCACCUCUUCCUCAUGAGUGCUGGGAUUAAAGGUGUGCAACACCACACCCAGUUCACUUUCAUCAUUUCACAGUGCUUUGAGAUAUGUGCCUGGCCGCUUUGCAAAUUACUGCUCAUACAUGUUUCCACCUGAGGAAUCAAAAUCUGUGAAUCUCCUGGAAUAAAAAAACUGCUUAUUCA